UUCUUUUGUUUUCAGGCACCACUUAUCUGGAAUGGACAUGACAUUAUCGGACUACGACGGCCGCACUGCUCUGCAUUUAGCGGCGGCUGAAGGGCACCUAGCGUGUGUAGACUUCCUCUUAGCCCAAUGCGCGGUGCCCCAUGACCCCCGCGACCGCUGGGGCAGCCGCCCUCUAAACGAGGCCGAAACAUUCGGCCACACUGCCGUAGUCAAUUACCUCAAGGAUUGGGAACGCACACAUCCUCAUAACGAGGCUACUGACGCUCCACCGUCUUCUGUAGACGAUUUAUUAGAAGCAAAACCCGACGCCAACGACGCCGUCAAAGACCCAAGUAUACAAGAGAUCGUUUCGAGGAAUGGUGAUAAAGUACAGUAGAGAAUCUCAAUGCUUGAAUUUAUAAUCUCAUUAAACAAUGGCCAGUUAUUAUAUUAGAUACAUGUAUUUGCAAUUUGUAAUGUAUACUGUGGAAUACUAUUUAAACUUAUACAAGUAGUAGGCUGCACAGUCAGAUAUUUAUGUUGAAAAGUCUGUUCUUUCUAAUUUAUAUCUGCUUAAUGUGAUACAAGCAAAGCUGUUACUGUUCUAUUUACAUGUGACUCGCAUUCUUUCUGGCUGUAUAAGUAAUCUAAUGGGUGGUAAUCCUAAGGUGGGUUUUGAAAUAUGACAUAUUUAACAUUCCAUUAAAUAAUAUCCACCCAAGUUAAACAAUUUUCAAACAAGAUACUAUGUGGUUUUUUAAAAUGUCUGUUGUUAUAAUAGUUAGUAGUUUGGAGUGUAGAAGCUUUGUUCAUUCUCACUCAAAAUAGUUUCCCUAACAAUGUAAACAAUUGUAAAAGGAGUGUUAAACAUUUUUGAUAGAGAUAUUAAAAUAUCAUAUUCAGACAAUAAAUAGAUAUUUUAAAAAAUGUUGUAAUGAUUAUACUAGAGGUUGUUCCCAGCCAG